AUGUGGCCGACACAGAGAAAAACUGGACAACAGUGCACAAGUCAGGAAGGGAUAGAGGGGGCCAUGUUAGUGUCUUGGAAUAUACGGGGGCUGAAUAAAGCUGGAAAAAUUAGGGAGAUUAGCUCCCAUCGCCUGAAUUUCCAUACUGAUAUUGUCAUUCUUAUUGAAACUAGGGUUAAAAAAGAUAAGGCUAAUGCCAUUAGGGAUAAACUUCAGCUGAAGGGUAUCUACAUGGAUAAUUACAAUCAUCAUGCCAAUGGUAGAAUUUGGAUUCAAUGGGAUAAUACUAAAGUGGAUCUUAGGUAUUUGGAAAAUAGGAAGAGGCUUUGGAAGGAUAUGAAGGAGUUGCAUAGUCGAUAUGUUGGGCCUUGGUGUGCCAUUGGUCAUUACAAUAAUGUAGCCACAGCUAAUGAAAGAAUAUGUGGGAAACUUAUUGUGGAAUCAGAAUAUGUGGAUUUCAAUAACUUGUUGAAUGAUGCAGGGCUUUGUGAGAUGGAUAACAAAGGGGAUUACUUUACUUGGUCUAAUAAACAGAGUGAGAAUCCUAUCUAUUCAAGGAUUGAUAGGCUUAUUGCCAACACUGACUGGUUCCAGGGUAAUAAUGACCUUGUAUUGAAUGUGCUAUCCCCUCAUAUCUCUGGUCAUGCUUUGCUCUACUUGAGUAAACCUACUGUGGCCAGGAAAAAGAUAAGGUUUAGAUUUAACAACAAUUGGACUGAUAUUGAGGGCUUUCAAGAAUGUGUAAGGCAAAGUUGUACCAAGACUACAUAUGGAAGGCCCAUGGAGAUUUUAUGGAGAAAGCUUAUGAGACUUCAGCCUGAACUCAAAAAACUAAACAAACAGGUUACUGAUCUACAACAGAGGAUUAUCGAUACUAGAAAGAACCUGGAUCUGGCUUAUGAUGCUCUUAAGUCUCAGCCUAUGGACAAGAGUAAUAUUCAAAGGGUUAGAAUAUAUACUAAGGAAUUAGUGAAAUGGAAUGGUAUGGAAGAGCAGAGUAUGUUGCAGAGGACAAAAAUCAAUUGGCUCAGGAUGGGAGAUGGUAAUAAUGCUUUUUUUCAUGCCUAUUUUAAAGCCAGAAACAAUACCAAGAGUAUUCAAUUCUAG